CCGAGAGAGAGAGAGAGUUAACGGUACAAUGCAAGAAUGGCUCAGUACAGACAGUCAGGGAUGGAGAGGUUCUCGCAACGUGGCAACGGCGUCGCUGAAGCACCACCAGAUCACGUCUCUGUAGGGAUCCGAACUCCUCUUCACAAACCGGGUCGGACUCGCCGAUCGGGUCGAUCCCAAAUUAGAAUCUCCACCUGUGCUCCUCUCCUCCUCCUCCUCUCCUUACUCCUCCUCCUUACUCUUCUCGCUUACUUCUACCUCUCCUUCUCCACCACAACAGGUGAAGAAAUAAAUGCUAGUGGUGCUCAGGAAGAUGAUUCGAGAAAUGAUUCGGACUUUCUCACAAACGUGACACGCACCGAGACUUCUAAGAUCCUUAGGUUCGGGAAGGGUUCGGUAAUGCACGGUCGGGAUUCGAGGGAUUGGGAUAAGGAUGAUAGGAGGAGGGAUGAUGACUAUAAUGAGGAUGAUACCGUAGGUCGGAAUGCUGAAUCAUCUACUCAUAAGACUGAUGUUCCCGUCCAAGUUAAGAACAGUGACAAGAAGUCGGGGAAUGGUGAGUUUGGUAGGAGUUCCAAGAAGAAAGCUGGACUGUACAAUGAAGCCGGGCGCAACGAGUUGAAAAUUUAUGAAGCAGAGUAUGAGGCGUCUUUGAAGAGCAAACAGCAAUCUAAUGAUGAAUAUUUGGAAAAGGGACGUGAUGUAAUUGAUGCCGAUGAUGAGUAUGAUGAUGGGAUUGAUUCUCAAGAAACUCAGAUGGAAGAGGAUGAUGAUACUACACAUCAAAACAGUGACCAUUUUGGUGAAGAAAAUUUGAAUGAUCAAGGUAGUAGAGACUCCAUUGAUCUUCCUGAUUCUGGAAUCAAUUAUAAAAAUGUUUCUAAGAAGGUUGAGAAAGUCCCCAAUAAUUACUCUGCCCAGUUCUCUCGGAACCUUGAUGAAGUUGAAACAAAUUCUAAACAUGCUGGCAGUCGUACUUCCAAAAGGUCGCGCUCAGAUUCAAAAAAGAAAGCAAAACGCCGCAAGUUUUCUGGUUCUUGUGUGAUGAAGCUCUUAAAUUCUACUGCACAGAUAAUAGAGCCUUUAGAAAGUAGAAAGUUUGCAAGAUUUUCCCUGCAGUAUACUGAUAUAGAAGCCAAGCCUGAAGGACAAGAGAAAUGGGAACCUAGAUUUGCGGGGCAUCAAAAUUUGCAAGAACAGGAAGAUUCGUUUUUGGCACGCGAUCAAAAAAUUAAUUGUGGCUUUGUCAAAGGUCCUAAAGGAUCUCCAAGCACUGGAUUUGACUUGGCAGAAGAUGAUGCAAAUUAUAUGAGCAGUUGCCACAUUGCUGUUAUCUCAUGUAUCUUUGGGAAUUCAGAUCGCUUGAGAAUGCCUUAUGGUAAAAUGGUUUCUCGUUUAUCAAGGAAGAAUGUGUGCUUUGUUAUGUUCAUCGAUGAGCUUACUCUGCGCACCCUUUCUUCAGAAGGGCAAACACUAGAUACAAUAGGUUUUAUUGGUUUGUGGAAGAUUGUUGUGGUGAAGAACCUACCAUAUACCGAUAUGCGGAGAGUGGGAAAGAUACCAAAGCUUUUGCCUCAUAGGCUUUUUCCUUCUGCAAGGUAUUCAAUAUGGUUGGACAGCAAGCUGCGUCUUCAACUUGACCCCUUACUCAUAUUGGAAUACUUUUUGUGGCGAAAAGGUCAUGAGUAUGCAAUUUCGAAUCACUAUGAUCGGCACUGUGUAUGGGAAGAGGUUGCGCAGAAUAAAAAAUUGAACAAGUAUAAUCAUACCAUCAUAGAUGAACAGUUUGCAUUCUACCAGGCUGAUGGCCUCACAAGAUUUAAUGCAUUGGAUCCAAAUAAGCUUCUCCCCAGCAAUGUACCAGAAGGUUCUUUUAUCAUCCGGGCACACACUCCAAUGUCAAAUCUGUUUUCCUGUCUUUGGUUUAAUGAGGUUGAGCGGUUUACUCCUCGGGAUCAGCUAAGUUUUGCCUAUACAUACCAGAAAUUAAGAAGGAUGAACCCUGAAAAACCAUUUCGUCUCAAUAUGUUCAAGGACUGUGAGAGAAGAGCCAUAGCUAAGUUGUUUCGACACAGGUCAGAAGAGAAGAAGGUUACUAAGCAAAGUGCCACGGUGUAGAAUGUCUUCAAGAUUUUCCUUUUCGGUGAGAUCUAUUCUAUGGCUGCUGUUUGGCCAGUGUAGCAGAUUGCUGACCUUCUAUGUGCCACACAUGAGGAUUUUGUAGUCAUAAGUCUGUUACUGGGGUAGAAGUAAACCAUUGCUGCAAUUGCUUCGACCACUGAGCCCUACAUACGUAGAGGAGAUCCUUAACGCUGUUGUAUUCAUCCCAUUUUUUCAUUCAUUGCCCUUCAGGAUGCAAGUGAAGUAGCUGAUACACCUUAGGACAACGACCACUAUAUCUCAAUCAUAGUUUUAUUUUGCCUUUUGUUCAAAAUUGGUCCUUAUUUUCUUUUUCCCUUCUCGUACACUGGAAAAGGAUAUUGGAGUUAUGUUGUUUUUGUAACUGAGUCAUUCUAGGAUGUACUAUAUAUUCAGACAAAGGGGAAAAAGCAUGUACUGUAUAAAAAUUCUCAGUAACUGGUAUUGUACAA